ACGACGUAGCCGCCAAAGAUUUCCUGCUGCACCACUGGUUUGAGUUUUUUUGGAGUUGCAAUUUCAUGUGUGUUGCACAGCUGGGAUAUUUUGUGUAGAGAGAUAACUUGAUCUUGCUAUAUAUCUAGCCAGAGUAAAAAUGAAAUCCAUCGGGCUAGCUAGUUUGCUAGCUAUCUUGUGAGAAAUUUUGAAACUGUCCAGUGUUACCCACUUAGCCUCCAUCCGUAGCUUAUCUGUCAUAGAGACCAGAUAACCUUAUGAAGAACCAUGGAGAAUUACCACUUUAUUCGAAUUGUGGGGAAAGGGAGCUACGGUGAGGUAAAUCUGGUCAGACACAAAACUGACCGAAAACAGUAUGUCAUCAAGAAGCUGAAUUUGACGACGUCUUCGAGGCGCGAGCGGAGAGCAGCAGAGCAGGAGGCGCAGCUCCUGUCGCAGCUGCGACACCCUAACAUUGUUACAUACAGGGAGUCCUGGGAAGGUGAUGACCGUAAGCUUUACAUUGUCAUGGGCUUCUGCGAGGGGGGUGACCUCUACCAGAGGCUAAAGCAACAGAAGGGGGAGCUUCUUCCUGAGAGACAGGUGGUUGAGUGGUUCGUCCAAAUAGCCAUGGCUCUCCAGUAUUUACAUGAAAAACACAUUUUGCAUCGAGAUUUGAAGACCCAGAACAUCUUCCUGACCAAGACUAACAUAAUCAAGGUUGGAGACCUUGGGAUUGCGCGAGUGCUGGAGAACCAGAACGACAUGGCUAGCACUCUCAUUGGGACACCUUAUUACAUGAGUCCAGAGCUUCUUUCCAACAAACCCUACAACCACAAGUCUGAUGUCUGGGCGUUGGGUUGCUGUGUGUAUGAAAUGGCCACUCUAAAGCAUGCCUUUAAUGCUAAGGACAUGAACUCCUUGGUAUAUCGUAUUGUAGAAGGAAAGCUGCCACAGAUGCCUAGUGUGUACGACUCCCAGCUUGGGGAGCUUAUAAAGGGCAUGCUCAGUAAGAAACCACAGGAGCGACCGGACGUUCGACACAUCCUCAGACAGCCUUACAUCAAGCGCCAAAUCUUGAUGUUCUUAGAGGCCACAAAGGAGAAAACUGCCACAUCCAGAAGGAAAGCUGCCAACAACAAGCCCAACAGCUCUUAUUCUGUGGUCUCAGCAAGCACAAACUCUGAGCGCCCCCUGCAGUCUCCCUCCGAUCACAACAUGAAAGGAAAAAUGAAGGAGAAAAAACACUCCAAACCUCUCAAAGGAAACAAAGGUGUGAUAGAGGCCCCCUCUACACCAAUGGAGUUACCCCCAAAAGCUUCUGCACAGGGCAUUCUGAACAGCUCGGGCGCAUCCUUAGCAUCUAUUAGUAACGUCAAUAUUGAUAUCCAACCCCAAGAGGAGAGAGGGCACUGGAAAACAGAGCUGCCAUCACCACAGCCACACCUGAGCAACAGUGACAAAUACAAGCCAGCAGAGGACAGAGGGGCCAAGAAAGAGGAUCCCUCCUCUCCUCAGCUGCAGGACAUCACAGCAGUGUCAGGUGUCAGUGACAGGGGAAACGAGAGGGUGUCAGAUGGUUCCAUGACGCAGGACCGCACCCCCCAGCCGGAAAUAAGACCAUUGAAUGAAGGAAAACCAGUUGCCGAGAGUCAGCUUCCUCCUGUAAACAUGGACGACAAAGAUGACACUAUGAAAUUGCUCCAGGAUGUGGACAGGCAAGAUCAACCUCCUGAGCUGAAGGAGAGCUUCGACUCCACAGAAAAGCUACUUGAGCCCUUUGUUCCUGUUUUAGUUCAGAAGCCCUCCUGUCAGGACCUCCCCCUGGCUCUUUCAAAGCAGGAUGAGGCCCCACUCCAGCCCGCCUCCUCUGCCUCAGAACCCUCCAUGUCCUGCCAGCACAGACCAAGCAACAGAGAGAACGUGCGAGGUGAACAGGACAGGGUAAAUGUUAUCUGUCCCAGACCUCUGCCACCACCUCCUAGUGAAGCAUUUACUGUAGAUACAAGGAAGAAGAGCAGAGGCCAUGCAUCCAAGACAAAGAGUGUUACCUCAUCAACAGCCUCUGUCUGCAAUUCCAAUGACAGCUCAGUCACAGCAUCACAGGGUCGUCCUCUGACAGCCAGAGAACGUAGACGACUGAAGCAGUCCCAGGAAGAAAACUGCUAUUUAGUUGUCCCUGCAUCGAGACGGGUGUCAUGUGAUGUUGUCUCUGCAGAGAGGAAGCAGGCAGACUCCCAGACUGCCUCGGUCUGCCGCUCUGCAUCUGACACUGCCAUCAAAACAAACAAGCUACAAGGUGGGUUGCCAUUGACACCAGCCGAUGAAGAUGAGUGCAGCUCCUCCACCAGCUCUACAGACCGCUCGGAAGGGGACUGCAGAGAGAGAAAGAGUGACUCCAAUGAUAUGCAUGACCUGGUUCAGCUGAUGACCCAGACAUUGCGAAUGGAUUCCAGAGAGCCAGAAUGUCAGCAUGAUGGCCCUGGCUCUGCGCCACUGCCUGAGUUCAGACUGAACAGGAAGUACCGAGACACCCUGGCUCUACAUGGCAAGGCCAAAGAUGAGGAGGAGGAGGAGUUUCGCUUCAGGGAAUUCCCCUCAGACGUUACAUCGGGACCUGCAAAGAUCAGGAGAGCAAUUGAACACUUACGGACUGAUGUGGUGAGGGGAUUGGGAGUAAAGCUCCUGGACAGAGUUCUGGAGAUUAUGGAAGAAGAUGAUGAGGACAAACGAGAGCUUCAGCUUCGGGAGCAAAUGGGAGAGGACAAAUACCAUGCUUACGCCGUUAUGGUGCGACAGUUGAAAUUCUUUGAGGAUGUCACUUUUAGGGGAUAAGGUUUUG